UUUGCUCAUAUUAAUUUUUGUGCCACAGCGUCAGUAGCCUACACGCACGAAACAUAGUGCCGUAAACAACAGACGGCAAAAUCAAAAUCCACUGGCUUUUCUGUUCCAGAUGCCAAUUAAUUUUCAUUCACAAAACAAUCGAAAACGCCAAUAGAUUCAACAGCAUUUACUGAAAGUCAAAGUUUCACUUUGAAAAAAUUCUUGUAUAAAAGUACAACUUCCAUUUAUUGUCAUGGCAACAAGUCAACUUGGCUCAGGAGCAGAGGUUGUCACAGUAGAUGUUCAUGCAGCUCGUCAACUCAUCCAAUCUGGAUACCGUUAUGUUGAUGUUAGGACAGAAGAAGAAUAUAAGAAAGGGCAUGUACACAACUCUUUGAAUAUUCCCUAUAUGUUUAAUACUCCACAAGGUAGGGUGAAGAAUCCAAAAUUUAUGGAGCAGGUAUCUUCAGCGUGCGACAAAGAAGAAAAACUAAUUGUGGGAUGUCAAAGUGGUGUGAGGUCCCUGUAUGCUACUACUGAUCUUGUUAAUGCUGAAUUCAAGCAUGCGAGCAACAUGGGAGGUGGGUAUCUGGCUUGGGUGGAGAAUGGAUUUGCUGUAAACAAACCACAAGAUGAGCUUUGAUCACCUUAAUUGCAGCAGUUUCGCUGGAGAUCAACUGUAAACAAAUUAAUCACCUACCAAUAAAUUGUUCAUUAGAAUCAAGCAUGUAUUUUCUCUAUUUGUCCACCCACGUGUGUAUUCGCCUCCGCUUCGAAACAGAGGCGAACCCACGGGAUCACAUGUGAUGCAUCUUCGAAUUUUAUUAACUUUUUUAUUUGAACCUUAAAAAUAUUAAAUGAAACGGGCUAGCUAAUUUCGAAUUUAUGACUUCA